CGCCUGUUCUGGCCUUCUCAGUCGAGCAUCAUAAGGCCUUCCAGCCCCUUCCGUCAUGUCAGCGGCUCGUUCUGUCCCUCCUCCAUCCCACCAGGAGGUCGCCCGCAAGCUUUCCGUGCAUUCCAAGCCACCAUUAAAGAAACCUACGUUACAGUCUGUCCCGGUAUCCGGCACCGAGUCGGACUCGGACUCGGUAUUCACGCCUGAUGUCAUCUCGCCUUCGCCGAUGUCCACAAGUCUGAGCGGCGCUCUCCUCGGUGCACCUUCAUCGCAGCCCCCUCUUCAAUCGAUUGCGGAACGCCGGUCCCACAGCGGGGGCGAGGAUUCCGAGGAGGAUGAAGAGGACGAAGAAGGGGGAUGGAGGACCCAGGAUUUCACUGGCACUACCCAGCAGGGAUCGCAUGACGAAACCGUCAUCAAGUCCGGCUACCUGUGGAAGAAGGGAGAGCGAAGGAAGACCUGGAAGAAGCGUUGGUUUGUGUUGCGCCCGGCGCAUCUGGCGUUCUACAAGACAUCGGCAGAGUACAAGCUCCUCCGGCUUCUCGACUUGACGGAGGUGCAUUCUUGCACGCCGGUGGUGUUGAAGAAGCACCAGAACACCUUCGGACUCGUCUCCCCCACGCGCACGUUCUACUUGCAGGCGGAGAAUCCUCAAGAAGUCCGGGAAUGGGUCAGCGCGAUCAAUGACACGCGUGUCCAGCUCCUUCCGACGUCGACGCGCAAUUCUGUCACCUCUCCCAUCCCAAUACCCACCACCCCUACUACUGCCACUGCUGCAUUUCAUUCCACUGGCAUCUCCUCCUCGCCUUCGCAUUCCCAUCAGCUUCACCAGCUCACAUCUUCCGACUCGGACGAUGCCUCGCCGAACAGCAAACCGAAUUCCGCUACACAACCGGUAACACUAGCCGGCGAGAGUGUAUCUCCCUCAAAACCGGUGUUAUCAGGGUAUCUCAUGAAAUGCGGGUCCAGACGGCAUAAUUGGCACAAACGAUGGUUCGUACUCAGCGGCGAGAAGCUCAUAUACUGCCGCUCUCACAUGGACACGAAGCCUCACCGUCAAAUCCCGCUCGCAUUGGUUAUCGAUGCGCUGGAAUAUGACCUGCCCCCAAACAGAAACCAUCCUGCCGUCGCGUCCCCCGGCCCGCAGUCUCCCCAGCACCACGCCCUGUCGUCCUCCCCUGCCGAUGGCGAGAGGGUAGGCACUCAUACGUUCAAGAUCGUGACGACGAAGCGCACGCUGCUGCUCUGCGCGCCCAGCGAGGAAGAGGAGAUCAAGUGGCUCAGCGCGAUCCGCGCCCUCAUCGCCCGUCGGUCCGGACAGGGCGUCGUCCCCGGGGAGCCUUCCUCGUUCCCAAGCGUCAGCCCGGCUGGGAACGUCCACGUCCACGCGCCGGCGGCAGGCAGCAGCGGGGCUACAAGCCCGGGAUCGGCGGCCCCCACGCAGAAGCGGAGGGACUCGUUCGUGCGGCGGCUGAGCUUGAGCGGGGGAGGCAGCCCUUCCCUGGGGGGCAGCGCGACCGCGCCGGGCGUCGCGACGUCACCGCAGGAAGCCCCAUCGGAACGGCAAUCUUGAGGUGUGUGUGGGGGAGGUUGGAGAGCGCGCGCGGGGUUGCGCAUUUGGAGGCCAGCGACGCGCGGGCCGAGUCCGAGAGAGGGGUGGGGGGGGCGCGAGGACGUUCUGUCUGUGGUCAUGCGGGCGCGUUGCGAGGUGUGGCCGUCGGGAUGCGACGCGACGCAGUUACCGUGUUCUCGCCAUCGGGGCAGCUGGGCAGGGGCACUGGUUGUGUGUGGGGAGAUGCAUCGCAUUGGGCUUCGCGGUGCGGGCGACCAAAAGUCUCGAUCGGGGGCGCCGGCGGGGAUCUGAGUUCGCGGUUGUUGGAAUGAGCGCGCUCGCGCGUGCAUGCCAGUGCGUACUAUGUGCUGCUGCUGUCAUCACUGUGGUAUUGGUUGUUGUGGGGCCUCUGGGGUGUGAAACAAGAGACCAUGAUGAAACAGGAGCUGUACGAUACUGAGCGAUGUCGUUGCACGAAUGAUUGGAUUUUUUUCUCGUAUGCAUACGCUAUUAGGGGCGCUGUGUAGCCGAUACCUCUUUGGUUGUGGGAGGAACGUUGAUCAUCAUUUGAAGAGCAUCGUUACGUGUACAAUAGGUCUGUGUACUAAUCAUCUGGAUGGAGUGGG